AUGAUUCUCUUCACUUUGCCGGUUUUGGCGUUAUUUUUUACAGUAACGUCGACUGCUCCUAGUGAUAACAGUUUUGUGGUAUCUUCUACAGAGCCAUCGAAAAAGAAUGAAAACGGAAAGGAAGGAACUUCAGAUGUUGUACCUAUCAUCAAUCCUGCCAUUUACGCUAUGGAUAUCCAAUCGAAUAUUUCGAACCGUUUUGCCAAGACUCUUGUUAUGAGUAAAGUCAAAAAUGCAGACAACACAGCUAAGGAAGCAACGUUCACAGUGGUUUUACCAGAAAAAGCGUUUAUUUCUGAAUUUGUCAUGGAAAUUGGUGGAAAAAGCUACAAGGCAUACGUGAAGGAGAAGGAAGAAGCUAAAAAUAUUUAUGACAAGGCUGUUGCUAGCGGACAAAGUGCAGGACACGUAGAAGUGAACGCAAGAGAUUCCAACAGAUUCACAGUGUCUGUCAAUAUAGAACCAGAAUCUAAGGCAGCAUUCUUGCUGACAUACGAAGAACUUCUAGAAAGGAGAGAUAACCAAUACGAACUAGUUUUGAAUAUCCAUCCUGGACAAAUUGUCAAAAACUUGAACAUUCAGGUUCUUGUGAAUGAAAGUCGCCCUCUCAGAUUCGUGAAAACCCCGGUUUUGAGAUCUGGCAACGAGAUUAGCAAAAACGAUGACAAAUUGGACCCAUCUUCCGAUAUCGAAAUUAUCAAUUCCACCAGCGCUAUUGUGAGGUUCAUUCCGACUCCUGACCAGCAAAAGCAGUUUGGAAUUGAUUUAGGUAUGAAAGAAAAUGAAGGACUAGCAGGACAGUUCAUUGUACAGUAUGAUGUAGAAAGGGACCCGAGAGGAGGAGAGGUUCUCCUACAAGAUGGUUAUUUUGUUCACUUUUUCGCACCUGAAGACUUGAAACCACUUCCAAAACAUGCCGUAUUCGUUUUGGAUACCAGUGGUAGUAUGUCUGGAAUAAAAAUCGAACAAUUGAAAGAUGCCAUGAAUAGCAUUCUCGAUCAGCUGAGUCAUGAAGAUAUUUUCCACAUCGUGGAGUUCAACACUUUUGCGUUUGUGUGGAAUAUUGAUAGCGAAGAUAGUCUCUUUGUCAAUAUCAGUAAUUACCAGGAACCAUUCGAAGAACUGAUCCUUAAGAAUAAUCUUCCUUCUGCAGUAAAUGUGAUGAAUGCCACAAUCGUUAAGGCAAAAAAUGUAAUUGGAAAAAUGCAAACAGGAGGAAUAACAAAUAUAAUUGGUGGUUUGGAAACUGGAUUACAUUUGAUUAGAACGCAGAGGCAAAACAGUACAGGAGGAGGACACUACCAACCAAUGAUCAUUUUCUUGACGGACGGUUACCCAAAUGAAGGAGAAUCGUCUACUGAUCAAAUAACCAGAAUUAUCACAGGACUGAAUUCAGGAGAUAAUCAGAUCCCAAUAUUUUCCCUGUCUUUUGGCAGUGGAGCUGAUAGGAGUUUCUUGAGAAAAUUGUCCUUGAAGAAUUUAGGACUCUCCAGACACAUCUAUGAAGCUUCGGAUGCUUCUUUACAAUUGCAAGACUUCUACAGACAGAUUUCAUCCCCGUUAUUAUCGAACGUCAACUUCAAGUAUGAUUCAGAAGUGAAGGCUGUGACGAAAAGGGAUUUUCCGAUAUUUUUCAGAGGUUCUGAGAUAGUUGUUAGUGGAUGUUAUAGUGGGUCGACUCUUCAAACCUCAAUUCACGCUAGUGGUUCCAAUGGUACCGUGGUCCUGUCCCCAAGUAUAGAAGCUCCUAUCACCUCAUUAGAACGUCUGUGGGCCUACUUGACAGUGAAACAGGAUUUGCAGGAAAGAGAAGCUGCAGAGAAUAAGACUGAAUUGACCAAGAAAAUCCUAGAUUUGGCUCUGAAAUACUCGUUCGUUACCGAGGUUAGCUCAUUGGUUGUGGUCAAACCCAAUGAAACCAGGACAGUUGAUACUGAAGAUGCAUCUGGUUCGCAGCAAUUGGCAAAUCCUGGACCUUUCAUAAUUUCUACUCCUGCCACUUUUAGAGGACAUCCUUUAUAUCUGCAAUCACCAGUUUUAUCAUCAGAUGAUGCCAUACAAAUUCGAUUUUCGGAACCAGAACCACAGCCUGUAUAUCCUGAUCUCGAUCUGAUUGCUACAACUACAGAUGCACGCUCUAACGCAACUCUCUCACCAUCUAUUAGGAGUAGCUUGCCAUGGCUCUCAAGUAUCUUACAUAGCAACAACUCACUCGCUAUUUCUGGAGGAGUCUACGACAUAGGCGAAAACAGUACUGUCCUAGUGAACCCCGAUUGCCCAAAAACUCCAAUGAGUCCCGCUAUAGCAGGAUUCUGCACCCUUCUUAAAGAUUGUCCAGAAGUACUGCCCCUUUUGACCGAUUUUCACGUGUACGAGCAGUACUUUUGUCCAUUAGAAAACACAUAUGCUGGCGUAUGCUGUCCAAGAAAACAUGUUAACUAACAACACAAAUGA